UAAGUCGUGUGUAUCUAAUAACCCACUAGACGGCGUCGAAGGUGCGCAUAAAUUUAAUUGGCUGAGGUUUCACAUUAUUGCCAGCAGAUGCCACCGUGGGCAUGUAGGCAUCUUCUGAUUCCUGGCUUUUAGUUGUUUUGAGAGCAAGCGACAUAAGUUAAGGCCCAAAACUCUUUAAUGUUGUUUAAGCAUUUGUGCGUUAUUUAAUGAGUGCACACGUAAUACUGUAAUGAAUCGGUUGGAUUGUCAGUUAAUAGACUAAUUGUUCCUGUUUAACGAUGGAUUUGCAAGUUACACACAGAGAUUUGCCGGGCAAUCCUGUACCUUCAACUUCAAAUGAUGUAGUCGAGAACAACAAUUCGGAUUCCGAAUCAGAAUCAGAUGUUGAGAGUGAAAAUGAGGAAGAGGUUCAAAGCUCAGACUCUGACUCUUCCACUGGAAACUCCGCCACUUGUCCAAUUUGCCUAUUAAAAUUUAAGGGCCAAGCCAUUGGCUUUCCUGAAGUCUGUGGACAUCCGUUUUGUCUUGACUGUAUUCUUGAGUGGUCAAAGACUGUCCAAACUUGCCCUAAUGAUCGUCGUAAGUUUGACAAUAUUUUAGUGAGACUGGAUUUAGAUGGUGAAAUCGUAAGGAUAGUUCCUGUGAAUGAUAAUCAGAGCAAAGAUGAAGAGGAAGAUCCUUUCCCUGAUGUUACUGGGUGUCAAGUUUGUCGGAAUGUAGACCGAGAAGAAACUAUGCUGCUUUGUGAUAGAUGUGAUCAGGGCUAUCAUAUGGACUGCCUCGAUCCACCGUUGGAUGAAGUACCAAUUGAAGAUUGGUUCUGUCCGCAGUGUGAUGGUACUCAGGCUAUUGCGGGUGCAGCUAGGCAAAGGGCUCCUUUGACGUUGCGAGUAAGGAGAACUGUCCAGCGAAAUAGGCAGAUUGCCUUACGUAACUCGUCAGUUGCAAAGAAGAAGAAGAAAGGCAAGAAGAGGAAAACUAGGUAUCGCAAAAAGACGAAGGGAAGGAAAACCAGAAAAUCGAAGAAAGCUGCUGCCAUACCUGAGCCUCGUAAAAGAUUGGCCGGUUCUUUGGGGAUGUAUGACAAGGGGACUUGGGGCUCUGCGCAAGUUGAACCUGGUCAGUUCUCCCUGACUGGAAAUCCGAACGCGCUAGACGGUGUCGAUGAUGAUGAAGAUGAAAGUAUCCGAAAUCUCAUUUCUCCGAAGAAAGAGCCGAAAUCCUUGAUUGCCAUUCUAGCUGAGAGUCGCAAGGCGCAAAAGUCAAUUUAUUCAUUCGCACCAUCCGUCGCCAUGAGUGUUCCAGUGAAAUCUUCAGCCCCCAAGUUGAGCAGCAGCAGCACUGGAAAUCCAGAUCUUCUUGGUAGCAUUUUAGCAUCACAAACCCAAUUGACUACUUUUGGAAAGACCGAAGUGACUCGUCCGAGACCACGGAAUACCAACUCCAAUCGAGUAUUAGGGGCUAUAUUGGCCUCCCAAGCUACUCUCAGCCGUCUUGACGAGACCCUUAAUCGCUUGGGGCAACAACAUCAAGCUGCUUCCGCUAAUAAACCCAAACCAAACCAAGCGCAAAAACCUCAGAAAAGUAACAGCACUCAUCAAAGUGAUUCAACAGAUCAAGGCAGUAAUUCAUCGACAAAUCAACAAAGUCGUUCGUCCAAGGAAGAAUCUUCAAAUUCUAACAGUACUAAUCAUGGUAGUACGCGGAGCAACGGUCAACCGAGCGGAGAGACUCUUUCCUCUAAUGGAAAUGGAUUUUCGGGUGGGGAUGAUGGCAGCGGUGAAGAUCCCAAUCGUGAUCAAAAGAAGAAGUCCGAUCCGGAUGAUAAGAAAGAUGAUGUUGACGAAGAAGAUGUCGACCUUUACAGUGAUAUUGAAUCUAUUGAAGAAGAGAAUCAUCCACCUGAAAUUUUGUCCAAAAUUGAGACAGAGGAAAAUCGAAUUCCCGAGGAAGAAGAUGACGAGAAAGGAUUGGUUAUCGAUGAUAUUGCUGAUGACGCGGAAGACUCCGGUAGACGUUCAGCGGAAUCAAGUAGCGAUCCAGCGGAUGGCGAUUCUGCUAGCAAACUUUCAAACGAAGAGGCGCUUGAAAAGGUGGAAAAAGAAGAUGUGGUAGAUGAGGUACGAUUGACGCCAGUUUCACAAACUCCGCCGACCGUACAUAAAUUUCAGCAUGGAGGUCUUCCGGUGGCAGCAGCUGCAUUGACUUUUGGCCCAAAAGGAGGUGUGGUUUCUCGGCCACAGCUUCGUCCACGUACAGGGCAAAUUGCUCCACCAAUGAUCAACGACUUAAUGAAAGCAAACCUUGUUUCAUCCAUCACAUCGGCACUGAAAGAGACUCUUACCUCUGCGCUGCUGGCUCAAACUCAACAAGACUCUUUGGCAUGCAUGGAUGAAGAUGAAGCUCUUCCUGCCCCCACUUAUUCUGAAACUAAAGAUCCAGUGAAAACGGUUGAACCUGUGGUCAAAAUUGAAGAACCGUUGGAAACCACCGAAUCUGCUGUAUUGGUUUCUCCGGUGGUUGUGGUUGCCCCAACAGAAGCUGGGCUCAAAAGUGCUGGACGGAGGCAGAAAAUGGAAGACAUUUUUGGAAGUGACGAUGACGAUUCCAGGAGAGAGAUCAACCACCUUGAACAGAUAUCGGAUUGUGAAGAGGGCGAAUUAGACGAGAGUGAAGCCGAUCAAGACGAUUCAGAUGAAGAACCUCCACCUUCCACAAACCGGAUUGUGCGGAUGCUGACUCCUCCCCCUGCCUCGCUGAAGCGACCGCUUGAAAAAAAGGGUCUCAAAGAUUGUGAAGAGGGUGAGAUUGUGGACAAGAAAGCUGCCAGCAAAAAGCGUGCCAACGCCAAAAAGAAGAAAUCCACCGGUGACGAAGUUAUCGUCAAAACGGAAGACUGCGAAUUCUUACGGUCUGCUGGUAUUGGAGGCGAGAGGAAGGUAGAGCUGUCUUUGGAGGACGAAGGUAUUCCUUCCACAUUCAAAAAGCUGGACAGUGGCAAAACUCGUCAUUAUCGUCAUCAAGGUGACAUCAAGGUGGUGGAAGGACGUGGCGACGUUAAACCGAAAAAAGAACAAGACACGUCAGACGACAAGAGAUCGAAACGGCAAGAGAUUAAGCAUUACGACGUCCGGCGUGUGGUGGAGAAAAGAUCUCGCAGCGAUCGGCAUCAUUCGUCCUCCAAGUCGGAGCAUCGGUCACGUUCGGAUUCGAAAUCUAAAAGCCGAGAACAUUCGUCCAAGAAGACUAGCAAACCUCGACGUAAACGAACUUCCUCCUCAUCGUCGUCGAGUUCUUCUUCUUCCUCAUCAUCUUCGACUUCCCUUUCAUCCCUAUCACCUGAACGCAAGAAAGGAAAAGAGAAUCAACACAAACGGUCGAGAUCUUCGUCAUCCGAUGGGGAGCGAAAGAAGCGCAAGACCAAGUCGUCGCUCAGGUCCAAAGAGAGAAGCGACGACAAAUCAUCAACGAAAGAAAAGAAGAAAAAGGGGAAGAAGAAGAAAAAGAUCAAAGACAAACACAAGGAUAAGAAAUCUCACACAGCUUCGGAAGGGAAAAGAAGUGGCGAAUUGGGGGCGCUGGGGGCUGAUCCUAAUGCAACUUGCGGUGAUGAUAUUGAAAUACCCAGUAAAGCUGUUUUCGCAUCGGGUGACAAGAUUGUCGUCAGCCUUCAUUUUGGCUCGAGUAGUUCCAGUAAACCCCUGGUUAAAAAGAAGAAACGAAAGGCCGAAUCCAAAGAUCCUGUGAGUAGCAGUAAGAAGAUGAAAGAAGAAGUUCGAUCAUCUCCAGAACGGACGGAUCGAUCCAAAAAGUCACAACCGCCUCCUCCUUCUACUCCCGUGACAAAAGCUGAGCCGACUGAGAAGGUUCACAAAAAGCCUCAUUCUAGCAGCAAACCGGAACCGUCGACACCCAGUAAACAAGCAGUGGUGAAACCGCAUUUAGAAUCCAAAUCUCCAGACAAACAUUCAACCACACCAGACGGAAGUAAAGGAGUCAGUUGCGCCAAAGAACCUACCCAGAAGCCGAUGCCGCCAACUCCUAGCCGACGUGGGGAAGAAGGGAGAGACGUCAUGCGAGGAAGAGGUCGAGGACGUCCAGCAGGAGGUCGACCCAUUCGACCUCGAUCUAAGCCUGUCUUGAUUGACAUAGAAACGAGUCGAGAAAUUCCGUUGGACGAUGCUCGACCUAGCGAUGUCAUUGUCUUGUCGGAUUCUGUUGAUUCAGAUGAAGAACCGCAUCUUCCACCCCUGCCACCUCUACCUCCGCCCGCACUGCCAUCUCAACAACUUCCCCAGCUUCCUCAAGCUCAACAUUCAACACCUCAGCCACCUCCUCCCGUACCCCUCACGAAAGGCUCUUCGGCGUUGACUUCCAUCAAACCAAAGAGCGGCGGAGGGAAAAAUCUUUUGUUUUCAAAGCAUGGAGCAGCGGCCGUCAAAUUUUCUUUGGCUUCUAAAUCAAAUUCCAUCAAGAAGCUUAACAAUCCGUUGCUUCUGUUGGGUGCCGCCGAAGAGGAGGAGGAAGAAGAAGAACAGCAGCAGCAACAGUCGACGACAUUGGAAACUAGCCCCAGUAAAUUGCAGAAAACAACACAAGACAACAUCACGGAUUCGACCGGGAAGAUGAAAGAAGAUGACAAUUUUCUGAUGAAUCUUCCAUUACCAGAUGGUCCAGGUCGAGUGGUACAUUCUCCUGCCAAGGCAGCGGGCAACGUCUCUCCUAUAUUCAGACCAGCCACACCACCGGUCAAAGCAGUUUGUGCAUCACCAUUGCCUACCUCCACCUACGAUCCGUCUCAACCGACUCACACUCCUUCCAGUGGAGGUUCAACCCCGUCACGUUCACCCAGUCCUGUGAUGGCGUCAGCAAAAUUGCUGUCAACUCUGCCUCCUUUGCCACCUCCUCCAACACCGCCCAUGAUGCCCUCCUUCCCUCUUCCUCAUCCUGGGGCCGUGCUGAUGCCUCCGAUGACAUCACUCCCUCCACCACCUCUUCCACCUCCUCCGCUGCUGACCAGUGCCCCACCUCCUUAUGCAGUGCAUGCUUCAAACUUGAUUUCGGGAGUGUACAACACUUCGUUCCCUCCGCCCAAUAUCGCUGGAUUGCUUCCUUUGCCUCCUGCAGUGGCCCCGCUACUCAAUCAGGUGAUGAAGGUGACUUCAACAGCGCCGCCCCAGCUGUCAUUUUCAACGUCGAUCGCUAUCCAUGGAAAACCCGGUCGACCAAUGACACCACCAUCACCGACGCCCAGUGAGGGAAGUGACAUAUUUGGUCCGCCGUCUGCGUCUCCAUCAUCCCCCAUGUCUGAUCAUGAACCUCAGCAAAGUCAAGUUACACCUAGCAGUAAACCACGCCAAUCGGCCCCAUCUCAAAUACCGACGUCUUCGGCCAAUGCAUCCAGUAGCUCAAGUUUCGACUCCAUUUUAAAAUCAGCCAGCCAUCAACGUGUACGCACCAGCAAUCAACGAUCGGCGUCGAAACCAACCCCCAAGAUUUCGCACUCGAAAUCAGCAGCUAAACCAACGCCCGUCAAAUCGGCGCUACCUGCUGGAACGGAUCCGUCGGUAUCCAUUACGACGACUAUAGGCCCAGAUGGCAAUGAAGAAUGUCCCAGUUCGGCGGUCGAACUCCAAGUCAAAGAAAAGUUUCUCAAGAAAUUAAACCGUCAAGAGAGAGUGGUGGAAGAGGUUCGUUUGGCACUCAAACCAUACUACACCAGCAAACGUAUUUCCAAGGGCGACUACAAGGAAAUUCUUAGGAAAUGUGUUCCCAAGAUUUGUCAUACGAAGAGUGGCGAAAUAAAUCCCAUCAAAAUCAAAGAAAUGGUCAAAGGUUACGUCAAAAAGUUCCGCUACCAACAUAAAAAGGAAGUUUAAAAUCAUUUGCAGGAAGCCCUGAUUUGACUAUUGACGUAAACAAAUGAGUUUUCGAAAUAAUUUAAAAAUCGACAAAUCUUUCUCGCCCAUUAAUUAUUUUUGCGAAAUGAAUGGUUACCAUUUCAUGUUUUGGCCCACCAUGUAAUUUUUUUUUUCCAGGUUUGCAAGAUAUUACACAUAUGUUCACAUUUUAAAUUAAAUAUGACAUAAAAACGA